CAGCACAUCUGAACCGCCUUCUGCUUCCCCAUCAAACCUUUCAGCUUUUCAAUUCUACUUCUACAACUGGAUUUUAUUGCAGAAGCCAACAACUUACUGGUCCAGAGGCCAACCAUCCUCUUUGUUUCCUUCUCUUCCUUAAAUUUUAACAAACACUUUUGGGCGAGAACUCACUCUAAAAAACAUUACUCCCAAACAUCACAUUUGGUCCAAAGGAUUCAACCCUGACCUCAACUAAAUACCAUCACGGUACCUGGAAGAUGCUUACCCAACAACUACACAACCGCUCCAACGGCACCACUCCCCUACCAACAAAGCCGGUCGCUCCGUCGGCCAACCCAGUCGUAAAUCCCCACCCUCCUGCGUUGAAUCAGGCUCCGGUCCCCCCACCUGCCGUGAAUCAGGCUGCGGCCCCUCCUGCUGCAAAUCAAGCUCCGGUCAAUACCAUCUCCAUUGUCAACCAUUCCGCAAACAAAGCUAGUCCCACCACCAGUGUGACUCGUGCACCUCAGCCUGUCGCGCCCGAUGAUGCGCCUCCUUCGAGUGUACCCUCGGUCACUCCCGCUACAGCUGUAGUGCCACACCCCACCACGACGCUGACUUCCUCGGUUUCAUCGGGCACCAAUCUGGCGAAAUUGCCGACGAUUAGUACUCCAACUGGACUAGCUGGCACGAGGUCCGUCUGGGAGUCGAAUAGUCCAGAUAAUAAUCUGGGUGGUCCUCAACCCAUACAACGACAGCCACAUACUUCUACCGGUAUGAUUGUGGCGAUUGGUGUGAGCGCGAUAGCGAUCACACUGAUGUUCUUGAUCUUGAUCCGGUUUUUCUUGAAGCGUCUGCGUAAUAAAACCAAGGCGGAAGCCGAAGAAGACACCUGCAUCGUCAUCCCAUCAACUGCGUUCCUUGACCAUCCCAAGAAUCAAGAGAUGGGCGGUGUUGGGGCAUCUCCUUCACCCAUGAUUAAUCGUUCAGCUUCUAUCGCUUCCGUCAGAAGCAAUAUCUCAUUCGCAAAGCCUCAAGAAACAUCCAAUCUGAACUAUUACGAUCAAUCACACCCCUACGGCGAAUACAACAACUUAUCGAUCCAUGACAUGGGUGCAAAUCACCGACCAACGAUGGAGUACCUUGAUCCCAUGGGCGCCCCCUACACACAGUCUAAAGCAUGGGACGGGAGUCGGCCUGCACAAGCAUACCGUUCAAACUAUUAGUCAAUUUUAAAUCUCAACUCAAGACACAGAGCAUCGCUAGAUCGAUGCUACGCGCUCCCAAUAUCCUUAACAAACUCCGGAGCUGCAAUACCAACCUCCUGCCUCAUCCUCACCAUGCAAGACAGCAAACUUCGUCCCUUAAUCACAGUCCAACCAGCCAGGAACCGUUGUCCUCGAAUACUAUUUUUCCCCCCGGGUCUCAAUCCCGAGUACACUCGUUCAAAUCGUUCAUUCGAUACCACUUUCACCACAUACAUACACCCACACAUUCUCUCUCUCUUCACAUCUGCUCAUCUUCAUUUAUAUAUGAAAAUAAAACUGUGUGUAAAUUGCCAUAGAUUCUUGUAAUACUCUGAAUUGUUUUUCUCUUGCUUAACUUCUGAGCUCAAACUGUCCUUAGUCCAGUUAUUAGAGAUCAGCUUCCUUGGUUGAAGAGAAUGUAAAUAGAUUGCUGCUGACUCAACAACACCCUAUCCAUUACACAUCUGACUCCCUCUUUACAUGCACAUGCACAUUUCUUUCUCUCUCAUUAGAUACCUCAAUCUUUUCAUCCUAAUAUUUCUUAAAA